AUGGAUGCCCAAAUACCAGAAUUUGAGCAGAUAAAACAAUUUAAGGAAUUUCUUGGAACUUACAAUAAAUUUCCAGAAACCUGCUUUUUGGACUCUGUUAAAGACCUCACAACAAGAGAAAUAAAGCCUGAAGAGACUACCUCCAUGGCUGCCAAAGUAGGACUACUAGGCCAACCAUAA